AAAGCCUGAGAUGAACUGAAAUAGCACGAACAGCGCAGAGAAGAAAACAUUCAGCUGUUCAGUAUAUUCAGUAGAUCUACUUUAGUCAUGCUGUGGGUUCUGAGUCUUUGUCUUUUAGCAGUUUCUCCAGCUUUCUCUGCUCCAGCCAGAGAUCCAAACACCAGAGCAAGAAACAAGCUGCUGCUCGUCUCCUUCGAUGGAUUCAGGUGGGACUACGACCGCGACGUGGACAGCCCAAAUCUGGACAAAAUGGCUGAAGAUGGAGUGAAAGCUACGUAUGUCACCCCACCAUAUCUAACCAUCACCAGCCCUACACACUUCACUCUGCUGACAGGUCGUUACAUCGAGAACCAUGGAGUGAUCCACAACAUGUGGUUCAACACUACCACUCAGGAGAAGAAGCAGUACUACAUGACACAGUUUGUUGAUGACUACUGGGACAAUGGCAGUCUACCUAUAUGGAUAACAGCUCAAAGACAGGGUCUGAAAACAGGCUCCUUACAUUUCCCAGGCACUGCUGCCACCUAUCAGAAGGAGAGAGUACAAGUGAGCCAGGUGGAGCCUCGAUUCUAUGACCAUGGGAAUGAGACAGAAUGGAGAAUUAAUGUGGAUAAGAUCAUGGGCGACUGGUUUAAAACACAAGAUCUGGACUUUGUCUCACUAUAUUUCGGUGAACCGGAUUCAACCGGACACAAAUACGGUCCUGACUCUCCAGAGCGCCGUGAAGUUGUUAAAGCGGUGGACCGCACUGUUGGCUAUAUUCGUGAAACAGCUCAGAAAUACGGCCUCACAGACCACCUGAACAUCAUCAUCACCGCUGAUCACGGUAUGAGCACUGUGCUUAGAGGAGAAGGAGUCAAUGAGAUUACCCUGUCCAAAAUCCCCGGCUUCUCCUUCAGGGACAUUAAGUUCCAUUUGGUGGACCAUGGCCCUAGUGGGAUGCUUUUGCCCAAAGAGGGCAUGCUGGAGAAGGUGUACCAAACCCUGAAAGGGGCACAUCCUCACCUGCAUGUGUAUAAGAAGGAAGACAUGCCUGCUCGCCUUCAUUAUUCUAAACAUCCACGCAUUUUACCCAUCGUUCUCUUCGCAGAUCCAGGAUAUGUCAUCAAUGGGCUGUUUCCAGUUCAGUUCUAUAAAGGAGAUCAUGGCUUUGAUAACAACGUCUUGGACAUGAAGCCUUUCUUCAGGGCAGUUGGGCCCGACUUCCACCAAAAUCUGUUGGUGGGACCCUUUGAAACAGUCAAUGUGUACCCCUUAAUGUGCCACCUGCUGGGAAUACAGCCUGAGGUCAAUGAUGGCUCCUUGGAUAAUACCAGACACCUUCUAGUCUCAGUAACAGAACCGACAGAAUCAGCCCAUAACGGACUCUUCAUCGGCCUCUCUGCAGUGGCUGCAUUUCUGCUACUUGUUUUUAUCAUUACUGUAUCCUACCAUGCCUACAGACGCCACAGAUCAGACAAGAGGCUUGAUCAGAAAGGAAACAUUGCAGACAGCACUGACCUGAAGCAAGUUGCUCUGUGAUCAUCACUUUUUAUUUCUUUUUGUUGUACAUGUGUUUUUUUUUUUUUGUUUUUUUUUCAUUUUCAUCAUAAAUCCAACAAAAUGAGCAAGCCAUAUGUCGAUACAUUUGUGCAGAUUACUUGAUUGAUUGGGCUAUUACUGUUAAUGUUUACGAUUAAUGCAUUCAGUAGAUUGCCCCGUUCAUUCUGCAUUGUCAGGUCAUCCUUUUUGUAAAUAGUUUUAAUGUAGCUUUGAGUUAUUACAUUGCAAAUGAUAAUUCUAUAAUAAUAUAAAAUGAUGCAUCACUGCAGAUUUGGGGACAAACACAUAGUGUGUCACAUUUUGUUAAUAUUUUACUUUACUCACAUUAUUUAAGCCAUAAGAACCCACACGCUGUUGUGCAUAUUGAUGAAAAAAACUGAAUUAAAUCAAAUAGAUGAAUUGCUCCACUAAUUUUUUUUUUUUGUAAAAAUAACGAGGGCGCAUAACUGUAACUAUAUGACACAACAACAGUUUCAUAACUUGUGUUUUAUUCUUCAUUUUAUUCAAUUUAAAAUAAAAAUCAUGCAUUUGUCUA